AUGCAGUUCUCACUUUCAUACCUGAUCUCUAUUUUCUACAUAAUAUUGAUAACUUCUGAAACUACAGCGUUCUCACCUAAAAGGCCUAACCUAUACAUUUGGCUAGCACAGAAUAGUUAUAUUUGUGAUCCGACUCUGCUCAACAAGCGAACUCAUCGAUUUCUGACACCUUGGGAAUCUGUCAGAUUACGGUGUUCAUGUGGUGAUCCAUUGGCGACCAAAUCAGCGUGUGGCAGGAAACAUGGAAAUUCAAACCAGAAGCUUGCUUGUUUUCGAUUACCUGAUCCAUGUCUACGCGAGUAUGCAGUGAUUUUCGAGCAUGGCGGUAAUCGAUUAUCUGUGCCUCUGCCACCCUCAAAACCUCAUCGAAUUGUAACAGCCGUACGAAAGACAGUGACAACGAAACAUUCUCAAAGAACUCCAAAAAUAGUGUCUACGAUUCCAGUCGGGGCUGUCUUGCGAGUGAAGAAAGUGAAAGAAAAAUUAUAA